ACCGCGUGUGCUAGCAAAAACAACAAUUCUUGGGUCGACCAGAGCUCAUACUAUCUCUCUGUUAUCUGAGUCAAGGUUGCGACCUGUUCAUGACCAGGUGAAACACCACACGAAAUGGGGCGCUGCUCUUUGACACAUCAAAUCGAUGCGUUAAAUAUACUUUAUGAACUGCGCGCUCAUUCGACGACCAGUGGUGGAGAGCCGGGCCAGUGUUCCGAUACUGCUGCGCCAGGUACAGCACCUGUACGCCGGACUGAUUUCACGAAAGCUCCCCGCAGGCUAAGGACGAUCGCGGACAGAGCUAGAGAAAGCUGCUUUGCACGACUGGUCGAAAUACUGACAAAACUGAUAGCAAUAGAGCAAGACUUUAUUAAAGGUGUUUCUAAUUACGCUAGCAGUUUGCUCAGGCGCAAGGACAGCGUUGACCUGAAGAACAUAUGUUUGAGGAUGAAGUUGGCUCUUCAUGAAGGUGGUUCCCAAUUGGAUAGAGACUUAAAGGAACUUGGCAACUGCCUUCGGCUUAUAGUCAGUAACAUGCUCUCAUCUGUGCGAGAUGAAAACAAUCUGUCAUUUACAAUAUGCACUAACAGACUGAGGGAACUAUCAAACUCAUUCCCUGAUAUCUAAAGAUCAGUGGAAGUUAGCAGCACCAAUUAUAAGGAACUAGGCCUACCUCUGACGAAAUGAAACCGAUAUUUCUGAAAAAUAGAAGACACAAGCUUUUCUCAGGAAAUAAACAAACCGUGAAUUAUCUAUGAAUGAUCCUCUACAAAUAUGUGAAGUUUCUGGGCUCAUACUAAUCUUCGAAACUAUUUGUUUAAAGGUGCAAAAAUGUUUAACUACUUAAAGACAUUAAUUGUAAUUUUACAAUAUAUGUAGGAAAUCAUGACCACUCACAUUAAAAUGAAGACUCCAGUCAUAUCAGUAACCUUAUAAAAGUUGUAUUAUUCUUCAUGGAGAGGGUCCGCACAUGGGGGCUGCCAUUUUGGAGCCACAUGACCAGCCGCAUACUACUCGCUUAAUCUCAGUAACCAUCCUGUUAUUUGACACACUACUGGUUGAUUAAAGUAAUCAUGGCUGACUGUGAAUACUAGAUUUCUACAAUGGCAUCUGAAACUGAAAACUAUUAAAUGAUGCUGCAUCCAAGUCGCUAGGUGUUACUGUAAGACCAAUAUUAAAAUAAGUGUUUGUUGUUUUAGUUAUAUUUUUUGACAUUUUUGCCUUUAUUAGAUAGGAUAGUGGAGAGAAAAGGUGACGGGACAUGACCGGUGAGAAGAAGUACAUUUGCAUCCGGAAAGGCCUCUACGGGAUGCAACCGCACAAUAUAGUAUAGUAGUGUAUCAGAGCUCUGCUCAUAAGGCUACCCCUUGACAGAAUUGUUUUUCUCCAUAGUUUUGUUUUGUCAUGCCAUAUGUUUAUUGUUUUGUGUCAGUACUCCAAAAAAGACAUUCCAUUCACUCAUACCAGUAUCAUGAGUCUGUCCUGCUGACUGUACAGGACAGGUAAAACAAGUUUUGUCACUGAUGGUGCUGAAUCCACUCUCAACUCAACAGGUGGGAUGCUUGAACAAAGUCACACCUCAGGGAUGGGUCUGGUGUGGCAGGCUCGUCACCUGAGCUGGACAUGAAGUAUUGGGUGGGGGAGGGGCGUGUUUGAAAAUGCCUGUAUAUACCACUGUUCUAUCAAGUAUUAUGAUGUCAU